AUGAGUUUGCAGCCACCUAGUAGCAAGAUGUUGUCUUCUCGUCGAGGAACUUUAAGAAACUCUCUCGCCUUCCAUCAAUCAAAACGCGUGUCUUUGGCACCGCCGCAAAGCGAGAGCGAUGGUACUAGUAUGGCAUGCUUUGACAAAAAAGAUUUAAUGUUGGCAAACACAUACAAAAUGAGCCCAGAUCAGAAGUUUUUACCAGGCAAAGUCAAGGCGUACAUGGAAAAUUUGCUGGAAAAUACAUUGAAAGAUCUGGAAUAUGACGAUGAGAAAGCUAAAGGUCUUUGCUUAAGUCUUAGCGAAGAAAUUAAAGGAAAAGUGAAAGAAAAUUGGCUUGUGAAUCGGUUCAAGCUGGUAUGUGUAGUCAACGUUGGUAAACCAUUCAACCAAGGUCUUCAAAUCACAAGUCGAUGUCUGUGGAAUUCUGCCUUUGAUACGUUUGUAACCGCUUCGUUUUCUACGGAAAAGAUAUUUGGCAUGGCUACCGUGUACGCAAUCUACUUGGAAUAG